GAAUAAAAUCCAGAGGAAAAUGUGAGGACCGCUACGCAGGCGAAACGCAGACUUAUAAAGCAAAGACCGCCGGUCUGGUAUUGCGGGUUUCCUGUGGUAUCCCACAUUCCUGGAGAGACUGGCAGCUAACCAACGCUAUCCAAACAAGAUGGCGGCAGAUAAACGUUGUCUUUAUCAUCUUGCACCAACACAAACUCCUUCUCCACUCCACAGAAAACCUCUGGUUCAAGGGCGUUUAGAGACCGAGUUGAGCCCCCUUCGUGGAACAAGUCAUGAGUCUCACGAUGUGUCAAAACGAUACAGCCCUGCUGAACAAUGGCCAAUUACAGGAUCUCCACAAAGAAUGAGUACCAUAACAGACCAGGGAAGAAGCCAUGAUAAUACGCCAGUGAGGAAUGGAGAAACAGAACAGGAAAUCCCAAGAAUCAAUCCUCCAUCCCAGUACAUAGAACCAGGUCACCAUAUCCCAGCUCUAUCACCAAAAGCAGUAGAACCAUCAUCGUCAUUGUCAUUAUCAGAAAAUGAUGACAGCAAUAGCUCAAUAAAAGAUCAAACAUCUUAUCAAACUGGGGAAGCCAAAGUGACAGAGGUUCCUGUGGAAACUAGUAUUAGCAAAUCUCCCGUUAAAGUGGUCUGUCAUUCUCCCAGGAGGUCGAAAACUAGAAUUGAUGAUAGUGAAGUCGUUAGAGGAUUUGCUGCUGAAGCGUCUAGGGUAGAGGUGCCUGGUGUUACUAAAGUGGUGAUAGAAGAUGGCAAGGCUCAAAGAAAACAAUUUGGAGCACCUGAAGGAAACCUUAGUGAAGAUAGUCUUGAGUAUAUCCGUCUGAUAGAAGGCAGUCCAGUAGAUCCUAAUAGUACAGCUGUCAAAGUCGCAUUAGAUGAGAAUGACAAAGAAAAUGCAGACCAGUCCUCCCUUCACAGCCAUCACCAAUAUAACAGCUUUAUGGGAGAUAUAGAUAAUGUUCAGGGAGGCCCUCUAUCAGCUGGUCUAAACCAAUCAAAUGUUCGACAGCAGCUCUUUGAUUACUCAGCUGUAUCAGCUGAUUCCUCCAUUGCUGUAGAGGACAAACCAAACAAGAAGAAAAAGAAAAAGAGAGCGAGUCGUGUCAUUCCCUCACGAUACAUGGAGAAUAAGAAGGCUACACCUGUGGCAGCUAAGCCACCAGUAAAGAAAAGCUCUUCUCUACAGACCAAUCGAAAAGUUUCCUUUGCACCAAAGCCCUCAAAAGCAUCAUCAUCGCUACAUGACUCCACUCAGCUGAAUACAACGGCACCUUACCAAAACACCCACAGUAUCAAAGGAUCCAGUAAGGUCAUGACCUCAACUCCUGCCUUUGGAUCCAUGGGUGUACUGCCUGGCCAUCCAGGGGGAGGCAUGCAAGAACCAACACCUAUCUUACCACCCAAGAGUAAAACAGCCGAGCAUGUUGAGAAAGCCAUUGAAGAAUCAGGUCCUCAUUAUACAAAGGGAUUAUCAUCAAAACAGAUCUCUGAAUGUCUGGACAAAAAUCGGGAAAAGUCUAAGAAGGCUAUGAAAAUCAAAGCUCCCUUGUUACCACAUCAUCAUAUUGACCAAAUGACCAAACAGAAACAUGAGUACGGACAAGGAGAGUUAUCUCAACGUCAGCUAGAACUAGAGUACAUAAGACUAAAAGAAUGGAUCUUCUUAGAGUCAAAGCUCAAAAGUACCUUCAGCCAUCAAGAAAAAGAUGCUCAGUCUCAACUUUAUUCCAUGUGGCAAGAGAAUGAAAAGUUACGAAGGGACUUAGUAGAGCUGCAGUUAGAGCUUGAUGAAAGGAAGAAGUUGGAAGAGCUGGAUGCACAGCUUCAGCUUCAGGAAUUACUAGCUGCACUGUCAGAAGGUGAACAGCUUCUUGGUGAAAUAGACAGCCUAACAAGACAUCGAUCUCAUAAGGUUUCCAAUUUUUCAAAAGAAAUGGAUACACUAGCAAAACUGACUGACACAGAAGUCAAAGAACAGGGAAGAUGUCAAGAACUAUUGGCUGCUGCAUCAACACUUGGAACACAGGAACGAAGCUUAAAGGCGCACAUGAUACAGCAGACCAGUCCAUUAAUACACUCAUCUGAUGAACACAGUCUAUAGAUAUAC